CCUCCUUCCCUCCCUCCCGGGUGCACCGACCCAGGCCUGGGCGCAGGAUCCUGCAGGAUCCUGCGGGGCGUGGCGGGAUCCUGCAGAGCUUGGCUGACCCGGGUCUGCAUCGAUCCGGGUCAGCAGCUCCCGGACAGUUGGCGCGAGACGUGCCCCGCCAGGGGCAGCGGGCGGGACCUCCUGGGGCCGCGCCUGGCACGAGUCAUCUCGUCGGGUGCCUCUUUGGCCGCCACCGCCGCGCAGUGGCCGAGCGCUCUUGGACCGAGGGCCCCCAGCCAUCGUUGCUCAAGGAUCGAGAUUCGAGGAUCGAGGCUCAGCACUCCUACACACAGACGCGCACGUUAGGAUGCAACCGUCGAUCGCCUAUUCACACGCGCACUCUCUUGAUGACCAUGGUGUCCAAGGCGGCCUCCGCCCUGGCUGGCCUCUCGCUCGCGCGGGCUUUGGCGGCCGGCGCCGGGAGGGCCGCCUGCGACUGCCUGGAGUUCGCGGCGGUCUACUACGACAACCUCGCCUCCUGCGGCCGCGCCAAGGAUCGAAGAGAGCUGUACUUCCUCACCAAGUACGGCGCCUCCGAGGCAUACGCGCCCACGGAGCCCAUCGCGGGCCUGCCCCACCAGGUCUGCAACAACUUCUUCAAAAACCUGAAGAACAACUCCUGCGUCAACGUCGACAUGUUCUCCUUCCCCACGAGACGAGCGAUGCCAGCGCGGGCCAGUCGUGGUGCUACGUGUCCAACGAGUGCCUCAGUUUGAACGGUGGCACCUUCGCGACCAACCAGCUCGGCUUCGCGUUGGGCGGGUGGAACAACCUGCAGAGCACGAGCAACCUGUCCUGGAAGGUCUGCGACAGCUCGGGCGCGGACAGCAUCCUGAAGGACAAGACGAUGGAUGAGCUGAUCGAGAUCGGCCGUGAGAGCGACGUCAGCAUGGCCAUGCUCCUGCGGUACGCGUACCCGGCCGUGUCCAUCACAUAUGGCGAGGCCAGGGAUUUCUUGGAAACCCUCAGCGACGCGGGCCACUGGAACCCUGCGCUCUCCCUGGCCGAUAACGUCAACGCCAUUGCGUCGCCGCCUUCCACGUGGGGCACCCGGCUCCCUUUCGUGUAUACGACGCUCAGCAGCAUAGUCACGUCCGAGCAGGGUACGAUCUUGGACUCGCCGGGGCACAGGGACGAGUUUCACGUGGUCAUCGGCCGCGAGGUGUGGGAGGUGAAGAGGAGCGACGAGGGCAACAUGGCCUACCUCGCGGGCAAGUUCUACCUGGAGUUCGACGUGGCCUGCGUCCUGGGCUGCGCCCCCGCGGCGAGGGAGGCGCCCCUGGACCUGCUGACGCAGUGAGGGGGCUGCGGGGCGGCGGCCGCGGAGACCGGAGCGGGGUCCGCCGGGUGCUCCCCUUCUUUUGUCAGACGCUCCUCCUCCUCCUCCUCCUCCUCCUCCU